CGACGUCAUUUUGAGGGAUUCGGUGAUUACAGAGGACGAGUCUCAGAGAGUGGUGGCGAUUUCAUCAUCGGGAGAAGAAUGAUGGACGGAUGGAUCCGAGCUCUUGUUGAAGCCAUACACUCUUCCCCUCCUCAGGCCGUCAUCUAUCUCUCCGGCGGAGCUUCUCUGGUCCUUAAUUGGCUACUGUCAGUUUCAGGAGCUUCGAACACCGUGCUUGAAGCGGUGGUUCCUUAUUCUAGAAUGUCCAUGAUCCAAUUGCUCGGGAAGGUUCCUUCUCAGUUCGGCAGUCGGCAAACUGCCGAAGAUAUGGCUUCGUUGGCCUAUAAUCGCGCUUUAAAGCUCUCCAAACCAGGUUCCCCAGUUCUAGGUGUGGGCUUUACUGGUUCUCUGGCUUCCACACGCCCAAAACUUGGGGAUCAUAGGUUUCACUUGUCAACGAGAACAUCAGACCGCCUUUGGGUAUCUACAAUUACAUUGUCAAAGGGCUUGCGAACUCGAGAACAAGAAGAAAGGGUUUCAAGUCAGGUUUUGCUUCAGGCAAUUGCAAAUGCUUGCAAGGUUCCAGUUACAUGUGUUUCAGAACUGACUGAAUCUGAAGUUCCUGAUGAAUGUGAAAAGCACUUUGAUGAAGAUCAAGAGUUAGAGCAACUUAUAAGUGGGCAAAUCUGCUUUAAGGUUUAUCCUUUUUCCAGUGAGACACAUACUUAUAAUGCAGAAAGGAAGAUAAUUCUAUCUGGUUCAUUUAACCCUUUACAUGAGGGUCAUCUAAAGAUGCUUGAAGUUGCUACAAGCAUUUGUGGUGAUGGAUAUCCCUGCUUUGAGCUAUCAGCAAUAAAUGCAGAUAAACCUCCAUUGACUGUAUCUCAAAUAAAAGAUCGUGUAAAGCAAUUUGAAAAAGCUGGGAAGACGGUGAUUAUUUCCAAUCAGCCUUACUUUUAUAAGAAAGCAGAGCUUUUUCCUGGUAGUGCUUUUGUAAUUGGGGCGGACACAGCAGUAAGGCUAAUUAAUCCAAAAUAUUAUGGUGCUGACUACGGUACGAUGGUGGAGACACUCCUUGCGUGCAAAAGAACAGGAUGUACUUUCCUUGUGGGAGGCCGAAAUAUGGAUGGAGUUUUUCAGGUGCUUGAUGAUUUUGACAUCCCAGAGGAGCUAAGCGACAUGUUUAUCCCAAUACCACCAGAGACCUUUCGUAUGGAUAUAUCAUCGACUGAAAUUAGGAAAAGUCGAGGCAUGCAAGAUUCUCAUGUUUGAUUUUUCCUUGGACAUACUAGCAAUAUAUGUUUCAAACCAUAACAAAAGUUGAAAGCUUGUCCAAAUAAAGAAGAGAAUACCACUCUCUUGUAUUCACUUUAAUGGUUGAGCAUAAAUUAGUGGUAGUUCUUGCUUGGAGACGGCAA